AUGGCGCACGUCACGUACCUGAGCGCGGAGGAGUUCGAGCGCCUGGCAGCGGACCGAUCGAAGCGCAUCGCGGUUGUUGAUGUGAGGGACGAGGAGAGGCAGAUGGACGGGCACAUUCACGGCAGCGUGCAUGCACCCAGUGAGACCUUCCGCGACCACCUGCCGCACCUCGCCACACGCCUCUCCAACCACGAUGCUGUCGUCUUCCACUGCGCCCUCUCCCAGGUGCGUGGUCCCAAAUGUGCCAACAUCUAUGUGACUGCUGACUGGUUAUGGUUCAUAGGGUAG